CACGGACCUUUACGCACAAUUAUUGUUAAUUACGGAACCCGUUUCGGUCUUCUGGGAGUCUAUUUUUCCACAAUGGGCGACAAAAAGAGCCCGACCAGGCCAAAAAGACAAGCCAAACCGACAGCGGACAACGGAUUUUGGGACUGUAGCGUGUGCACUUUCAGAAACAGUGCCGAAGCCUUCAAAUGCAGCAUCUGUGAUGUACGGAAGGGCACGUCUACCAGGAAACCCCGGAUAAACUCUCAGCUGGUGGCACAGCAGGUGGCUCAGCAAUAUGCCACCCCUCCUCCGCCAAAGAAAGAGAAGAAGGAGAAGCCCGAGAGGCCUGAGAAAGAUCGGGCUGAAGAGGAGCGUCCUGACAUAAAUCCACCCGAUGAACACCCCGUUGAACAGAGGGACAAGGAAAAGAGCGAAAAGGAGCAGCCCGAAAAAGAGAAGAAGGACAGAGAGAAAGAAAUUAUCCCAGCCAUCACCAAGAAACCCAACAGCAAGAAGAACAGGCCCAAAUCAGACAUCCAUCAAAGCCCACCCAGUGAACGAAACAGCAUACAGUCUGGCAAGUCCACAACCAAGACCAAGAACUCCCACAACUCCAGGCCCAAGCUGAAGAACAUUGACAGGAGCACAGCCCAACAGCUGGCCAUCACGGUGGGGAACGUCACGGUGAUCAUAACAGACUUUAAGGAGAAGACCCGCACCUCCUCCACCUCGUCCUCCACAGUGACCUCCAGCGCCAGCUCUGAACAGCAGCACCAGAGCUCCGGCUCCGAAAGCAUGGACAAGGGCUCAUCCCGUGCAUCGACCCCAAAGGGAGACCUCUCGCUCGGGCACGAUGAGUCAUUCUGAGCUCUGUCCAUACAGCAGGGAUGUACUUUGCCCCCAUUUUCCCCAUCACCUUGCCCUGAGCCAACUCGUAUUCCUUUCUAUGACUGAAAGAGGAACGUUUCAUUUCUGUGAUCAGUUGGACCAUGGCUUUAGGCCAUUGAUCAAACUGUCCCUCCUUUCCCUUACUGGAGACAUCCCACUUUGUGCGUAUUGUUUUAUAUUUGUACGUGGAUGUGCAGCUGAAUCAACUCAACCUUUUUUUUUUUUUCUUUUGUAAAAAAAAAAUUCUAUAUAUGUAAAUGUCCGCUGUGCACAAUAACCACCAACUAUUCUGGACCAUUCUUGCUCUUAUUUAUUAUGCUUCAACUUUGAGAGAUUCUACUUUUCUCUCUCUUGAAGUUUCCCUCGACUUGAGUAGCUCCUACUGAUGGCUCCCCUUUAGUGUUGAACCAAUUCUGCAGAAGAUUCCUGAGAAACUUCCCACAAUGGUGCUAGAUUCACUGUGAAUUGGAUUCAGUCCUCAGACUGACGUUCACACCAUUGAAACAGAUCCCUCUGCUUUUGAAAACGAUGGAAAUAUCCGUGUCCUGGUGUCAACACUACAUUCUUCAGUCGCUUUGUUUUGGGAUUUAUUUUUUGUCCAUUUUGCAAGACUUAUCAGAACAUGUGUGCACUGGGGGUCCCAACGUCUGCUUUUGUCGAUGAACUAAACGGAUUGAUCCGUUGUGCAAUGGAGAAGACAGCUGGGAUUGACAAACCUGCAAGGAAACACUGCGAGCAUGAUGUGAGCUUUGGAUUUGAACAUCCGGAACGGAGCUUUCGUAACGCUCACUUGACUUAACUCGCAAAUUGUAUCGGAAACAUUUUCUUCGACAGCUUUUUGUUGUCCUUUAUGGUCUACAUACAGUGUGAUGUAUUGUAAAAACACUACAAGGGUUUGGACAUCUCAAAGGUCUGUAGACCUUUAUUGUUGAAGAACUACUUUUGCCUUUUCUAGUCGUUUUUGAUUGAAAGAGACUAUUUUAAGGUUAGGGCUUUUACUUGGCCUCGUUUUAAUCUGAAGACAAACUUUUUUUCCUUUUCCCCCCAUAUUAUUUUUAAAUGAUCACACCAGAUUUACUAAAACAAGACCCGUCGAUAGAAAUCAAACUUGAGACUUGAGUUGAAUGCAUAUGAACUCUCUCUCAGCAUUCACUACUAACAUUUUCCCAUUUGUUUACUUCGGUGUCAACCAAAAGAAAAAUGACACAAGCAUGAUUUCACGCAAUAUUCCCACUAUAAAAAACUCAAGAUGUCAUGCUGACGCUCUCACAAAUCUAAAAGUCAGCCUAUCUUCCCUUUUGAACUGUAUUAAACUUGUACAAAGUAUGUGUAUAUGAUAUGAGUUUUAUUUAUUGAAGGACCAAAGGAAUUUGAUAUUGAUGACAUGCUAGGCAAAUGAAUAAUUCAAAAUGUAAUUACCAUAUGUGUGAUAUAACAUUUUAAUAAAGUCUAAUAUAAUCCA